AUGAGAGACGAGGGCUGGCAGGGAACAGGUGAAACAUGUCAGGCCGGGGUAGACAAUCACAAAGACAAGGAGUCCUUCGAUGUGACACGAAGUGUUAGCCAUUUGCGCCUGGGGCCCUGGGAUCUUGGAGAGGCCUCUGGGUGUGAGGCUUGUGCUCGUGCUCAGUGUAAAAGCCAGUUUGACGGCUGCAGGGUGGAUCCUCGGAGUCUCACUGCACCUGCUACAGAACUCCAGAGGAAGUCUCUGAGGGACCAGAGGCUAAUGGAGGGAGCGCCCUUGUCCCCGACCUCCCAGAGCCCCCGCUCCCCUCUAUGGGGCGCCCAGGAGAAUGGAAAGCACAUAGACAAGUUGCAGUCAGAGAGUCAGCAGUUGGAAGAGGAGGAAGUGAAGCUGAAGGAACAGAUGAAGCAUGGCCAUACGGAGGCAGUGGAAGUGGCUGAGAAUGGAGCAGAAAUGGUUGUGCAGAACGGAGAAAACAAUGCAAUAGGAUCGGGUGGGUAUGGAGUUGACUCGUGUCAUAAAAUGCACACACACACACACACACGCCACAAUAUUCUCAUAAAGCUCAUGUACGGAAUGCAAACCCAAAUUAACCUUAGGAGAAUCCUGCACACAUUAAAUAACAAAUAUCCUAAAUUCCCCUUUUCAUUCUUCCCCUUAGUUCUUAUCUAA